AUGCAUCUUGGACUCUUUGCUUUACCUCUCCUGGCGGCCACUGCCCAGGCAGCCGCAAACUACUCUGGGCCCCUUCGGCCGCAGGUUCAAUUCUCGCCGCCUGAAGGAUUCAUGAAUGAUCCGAAUGGAUUGUUUUAUGAUGCAAAGCGGAGCACCUACCACUAUUAUUAUCAAUACAACCCCGACGAGCCAGUAGCCGGAAACCAGCAUUGGGGACAUGCAACUAGCCCGGACUUGUACCACUGGACCAACCACCCACCGGCCCUCGAGCCCGACAAUGCAGACACGUUUAUCUUCUCGGGGUCGGCUAUUAUCGAUAGCGAGAACACAUCUGGCUUUUUCCCAGACCAAGACGACGGUAUAGUCGCUAUUUACACUGCCCACUCUUCCGCCAAGGAGACGCAACAUAUCGCUUAUUCCACUGAUGGCGGAUACACCUUCACCAAAUACGCCAACAACCCCGUCAUCGACAGCCAUACCACCCAAUUCCGGGAUCCCAAGGUCUUUUGGCAUGCCGGAUCCCAGAAAUGGGCCAUGGUCGUUGCUUGGGCUGAAGACCUGAAGAUUGGUGUCUUUACGUCGCCUGACCUUAAGGAUUGGACAGCGACGUCCAACUUUACCCAGCAGGGACUUCCCGGUGACCAGUUUGAAUGUCCAAACCUCAUCAAAUUCAACGUCGACGAGGAGACCACAAAAUACGUGCUGUUUAUCUCCGUCAAUCCUGGCGCCCCGUUGGGUGGCUCUGGUACCUACUACGUCGUCGGAGAUUUCAACGGAACUCACUUCAAUUCUGAAACCGAGGACUACACUCUCAUUGACUUUGCCAAGGACAAUUACGCUGCUCAGUGGUUCGAUGGUCUCCCUGAAGGUAGCAACCCUGUUUCCAUUGGCUGGGCUAGUAACUGGGACUACACUGAGGAGGUACCCAGUGCUCGUGAGGGUUGGAGAAGCGCUGCCACCUUGCCUCGGGAACACACCCUAAUCAAGGUCGACGAUGCUUGGAAGGUGACCCAGACUCCAUUCGAAGGUCUUUCGUCCGUCAAAGGUGACCAGCUCGAAGACAAGACCUUCAGAGAGGGUGACAUCUCCGUCGACUUCUCCAGCGUCGAGUCCAACACUGUUUACUUUGAUGUGGCCAUCAGCAACCUCCCACCUACCGAUGCAACUGGUGAACUCACCUUCAAUUUCACCUCUUCCACCUCCGGCGAAUACCUUGACGGCGCCGUCGAACUGAACACGGGAUCUUUCUGGAUCAACAGAGCCGGCACGCAUCUCUUCACAAAGGCAGACAACGGCAACUUCACCGGCCGAUUCGAUACUGAAAUCUCCGUGUCUGAAUCCGGCCAAUUCAUUUUCUCGGGUGUUAUUGACCGUUCUGUGUUUGAGGCCUUCCUUGAGGAUGGCAAGCAGAGCGGAACGAUGAGUUUCUUCCCUAAGGAACCAUUAGACACGGUGACUUUUGCGGCUACGGGGCUUGGUGAGGAUGUCACGGUUGAUGUUGGGGUUUGGGGGUUGAAGAGUGGAUGGAGUUUGUGA